UGACCCGCAUUGUGGGGGCUUGGUGAAACCAGAAGUUGCUCAUUAGUUCAUAUGAAACACGGCUGUGUUGGCAAAGAAAAACUUUCUGCAAGGAAACACGCCCGGCUGAGCUAGGACAUGGAACUUUGCCUCAAACAAACCAUCAGAAUGGAGCCCAGAGAUUAUGUAUUGUGUGACACAGCAUCCCAAUAGGAUCUGAUAUUUGCAGCCCCUGGGAAAGUGGAGCGAGAAUCUAAUUUCACGUAUGAGGAGCAGAAACGAUGCCGCUGUCGGACUUUCUGGACAGCCUGAAGGACAACCCGUACUUCGGUGCUGGUUUUGGACUGGUUGGGAUCGGAACAGCGCUGGCCGUGGCUAGGAAAGGUGCCCAGGUGGGAAUGAUCUUCUUCCGCAGACACUACAUGAUCACCCUGGAAGUUCCCAGCCGGGAUAAGAGCUACCACUGGCUGCUGAGCUGGAUCACCAAGCAUGCCAGGCACACCCAGCACCUCAGCGUGGAGACCUCCUACCAGGCCCAUGAGAGCGGACGGGUCCACACUCAGUUCGACUUCCACCCGAGCCCAGGAAACCACAUCAUCUGGUACGGGAGGAAAUGGAUCCGAGUGGAGCGGACCAGAGAGAAGCAGAUGGUUGAUCUUCAUACUGGUACUCCGUGGGAGUCCGUCACCUUCACCGCUUUGGGCAGAGACAGACAAACCUUCUUUAACAUCUUACAAGAAGCUCGAGAACUUGCAUUGAAGCAGGAGGAAGGCAGGACGGUGAUGUACACUGCCAUGGGAGCAGAGUGGAGGCCCUUUGGGUUUCCACGGCGACGCAGACCCCUGAGCUCAGUGGUUCUGGAGACCGGCGUGGCCGAAAGGAUCGUAGAUGACGUGAAGGACUUCAUCGGAAACCCAAAGUGGUACACGGACCGAGGUAUUCCCUACAGGAGAGGGUAUCUGCUGUACGGUCCUCCAGGAUGUGGGAAGAGCAGCUUCAUCACUGCGCUGGCAGGUGAUUUGGGCUACAGCAUCUGCCUGCUGAGCCUGAGCGACCGAACGCUUUCAGACGACCGUCUGAAUCACCUGCUGAGCGUGGCACCGCAGCAGAGCAUCGUCCUGCUGGAGGAUGUGGACGCUGCCUUUGUGAGCCGAGAGCUACUUCCAACGGAGAACCCACUGGCCUAUCAGGGAAUGGGAAGACUGACUUUCAGUGGACUCCUCAACUCACUGGAUGGAGUCGCUUCAUCUGAGGCUCGAAUAGUUUUUAUGACCACAAACUUCAUAGACCGGCUGGACUCUGCGCUGAUCCGACCCGGACGUGUCGACCUGAAGCAGUACAUCGGGUUCUGCACCCACUGGCAACUCAGCCAGAUGUUCCAUCGGUUCUACCCGGACCAACCAACCUCAGAUGCAGAGCGCUUUGCUGAGCGAGCGUUAGCGGCCCACGCCGAGAUCAGCGCCGCUCAGGUUCAGGGACACUUCCUGCUGCACAAAACGGAUCCUGCAGCAUCUAUAGAGAACGUGGUUCAGAUGAGAGGGUGAACUGGAGCGGAAUCGGAGACUAAGUGUUGAAUAAAAAGAAAACUUUGGUUCUAAUGAUAUUUUAUCAAUAAAAAAAAUCUGUUAAACU